GACGGAGCCCACAGUCUGCUGGGUGAGAUCAUUACCAGACUCCAGUUCUGAGACCUGACAUUCACCGAUCGGAAAAGCGGGGAAACGAAGAGAGAGAGAGAGAGAGAAAAAACGAGGGAGGUUCGAUUCUGCGCAGCCGAAAUCCGAACCUGCAGCCGCGUCCUCUGCUCUCAGUUCGCAGCAAACAAGCGCGGUCUUGUCGCUAAAAAAAUUCUUCUGGAUUCGGGGUUGUUGUAGUCGGAUGCGGGUUGCUUGUUUUGACUGCAGUAACAGUCCUCCUCCUCUUCCUCCUCCUCCUCCCUUACUAGCGGAUUUGCAAGGGAUCUCAGCUUCCCGAGUAACCAGCGAUCCCGCAUCGGACACGCACUCUGCACCGCCGCCAGCUCGUCCUCGGAAGCUUCCAAACGUCCCGUUUCUGUGAGCAACUGGACUCAAGUUUCUGAUCGGACUUUCUCGUCCUUCUACGUGGCUACCUUGAUUCUGUCACCGGAUCGGCUGCAAAAAAAAAAAAAAAAAAAAAAAGAGAGACACAUUUUUUCUCUGUGUCCAGAGCGCCGUUGACGCCAUUUUCCCCGGGGUUUUCUGUCAGAAAGACGCACAUAUUCUGGCUGCGUUUGACAGCUCCCCGGGAGGCUGUCAUCCCAUCCGCCGCUUGUGUGAAAAUGUGCCUCGGAUAAAUGGAUUGUAAAUGAUCUUGAUAAAAUAUUCACACGUUCAAGCCGGCUGCGCGUCAACGUUAGACAUGGAGUGUCCUUGGCUGUGCUGUGUUCCUGUGGGACAACCAACACAACCCCUGUAGCUGAUUGACAGCAACCAAGCCAGAACAGCAUUACCACUGCUUCCUGUCUUCUCAUUGGCUGGCUGUGUCAGUUUCCCCCGUUCUGACUGGCUCUGGCGGGAGCGUGGAUGGAGCCUAGGGAUCUGGUUGGCUCAGCCCGACCCAAAGAGGCGGACCUUCAGGGAUGCAGGGCGGGGAUUAAUCAUGUGGACCAACUAGGAGCAGGCGCCAUUGGGUUGGUGCGCAGUGAUGAUGUGAUUCACAGUGGCGUCAGUGAGGGGGAGGGGUUAGAUGAGCAAGGGGAGGGGCUAAUGGAGGAGCAGGAGUUCUCCAUCAAGGAAGCAAGUUUUCAGGAAGGAAGUCUAAAGUUAAAGAUUCAGACCACCAAGCGCACCAAAAAGCCCCCCAAGAACCUUGAGAACUACAUUUGCCCACCGGAGAUUAGGAUGACCAUUAGACCUCCAGUUGGAGACGGCAAAGGUGGGCGCCAGGGGCGAACAGGUGGUGGGGCAGGAGCAGGACGGAUUUCGAAAGACGAAGAACGGGGACCCCCAAGAAAAAGGACGUACGAGCGACAGUUCAGAAUCCCUGAGCAGAGAGACGGAGGCCUUCUGCAACUGCUGGGAGAUGCCAGUCUGCUCAAACAACCGCCUCGCAGCUCCCUUCUUCCUGCACACACAGAGCAAACACAGCACACACUCCCCCAGAAAUUUCACCAAAACCAGAUAAGUCCCGAAUGGAUCACAUCGACUGCACCUCCUGCAUCCCCAGCCCAUGCUCCAGACUCUGAGCAGACCAGAGAUUUAGCAGGUGCCAGUAGAGCUUCUUUGCUUGAUCCGACGCAGACUCUCUUACAAACAGCAAGACAAAGCCCUUCACCUCAGAGAUCCCUCACUCCAGACCUACAGCUGCCUGUGGUUACCGAUGCCAGCAUCCUCAAUCUCACCUCCCUGAGCAGGGGGAAGGGUUUGCAAGAGGUCAGUGAGCAGCUGUUUGGAAACAUCAAGAGGAAGUACGGCAGGAGGGACUCACAAAAGAUGCUUGGCAAUCCCCACAGUGCAGAUCCACACUGGGGAAGACAGCAAGAAAGAGGAUCGGAGAGCCCAAAUACUUUGGAUGAAAGGCAGAAGUACAGAGAAGAGGAAACACCUGAGCAGUUCCAGGAAGAAAGGGACGAAAGGAGAAAAGUAGAAAGAGAGAAAGCUGUUUCUGGAAGAAGAGGAGAUGAAGGAGAAAGUGGCACAACUGUGCUGGUGGAAGAAGGAAAAGGAAGAAAGCGAAGGAGAAGGCCCUCUUUUGAUGGGUCAUUUUCUGUGGAGGAACAAUCACAGCAAUGGCCUUUUGAUACAGCUGAGAAGCCCCAGAGUGGGCCCCCAGAACCCAAAGCAACACACAAGGCAGAGUCUGCCAAAACAGAUUUUUGUACAGCAAGUCAAACUGAUCGCAGCAGAGAGAGGACCGAAAAGGCAGAGAGAACAGAUAAAAUCGAUAAGAGAGAAAAGGGGGAGAAGAUAGACAAAGCAGAGAGAGCAGAUAUGGUUUCAUGUGGGCCUGACAAGGACUCAGAUCUAAGUACAAACAGGGUCAAGAAGUUCCCUGUGGGUCGUCCCAAAAGUGGCAAAGAUUUUCUCAAACUCAGAGAACCUACCUACAAUCAAAUCAAGCCAAGUUUAGGAACAAGCCCCAGACUCUCAAGCUUAAACCUUAGCCCCAGCUCCAGAGCUAGUAUCAGUCCUAUUUCAAGCCCCAAACCCCGGAGUUACAUCAGCCCAAGCCCAAGCCCUGGACCCAAUUCUGACAUGAGUCCAAGUCACAUCCAUAUCACCAGUUCUCCUUCCAAUUCCAGGCCAAACAAGACCAAUGAUAGAUGGUCUUACCUGAAAGCUAAAAGCCAUGUUACUCUCACAUCACCCCAAAGAGAAAACCUUGGUAGCUCCUCAGUAUCAGCAGAUCCCCCCUCUGCUUUCCCCAUUACCCCCUCUAGUCCACUCUAUUGCAACACAGACAGCCUGACUGUCCAUGCUCCCAUUAAGAGAAAACGAGGUCGCCCGAAGAAGCAGCCACUCUUAACAGUUGAGACCAUUCAUGAGGGCACCUCUACUUCACCCCCAAGACCCCUUUCACAGGAAAUGACUGCAGGGCUGACUUGCAGGAGAAAGACCAAUACACUCCACACAUUAGCUAAAAUGACCAGUUGUGCUAGUUCCAACAGCCUGAAACUAAAGCGUGCAAAGGGCAACACUAGGUCAAUAAAAAAUACAAAAUUUGGGAAAAUGCAGAGCAUUCUGAAUGAGAUCCUUUCUGGUUCCACUCAAAAUGGCCCCCUAGCUCUUAAGUCAUCAUCUGCUCCUGUUAGUUCGGCCAUGAGUGCCAUGGCCUCCACCAUUGAGGCUCGGUUAGGGAAACAGAUAAAUGUCAGCAAGAGGGGAACCAUCUACAUCGGUAAAAAAAGAGGGCGAAAACCUAGAGCAGAAACUCAAUCCUUCAUCCCUUCCAAAACCUCUAGAGACAAGCCACCAAUGUCUGUCUCAGCAUCCAGCAUCUAUGACAACCCUGCAGUGCCUUUUGCCACCUCAUCUCCCAGUUCUAAUGCUCCAACCUUAAGAACCAACAACUCUGAGGCCACCAUGCCUAGUUUGCAGCCCAUCUCAGCGCUGCCAUCCAAAACCCUGGGCAGGGGCUUUCUCUCAGGAGGUUGGAAACUUUCUCCUCCCCGCCUUCUGGCUAAUUCACCCUCCCACCUUUCAGAGGGGGCGUCGGUGAAAGAGGUGACUCUGUCUCCCAUCAGUGAAUCCCACAGUGAAGAGACUAUCCCUAGUGACAGUGGAAUUGGGACGGAUAACAACAGCACUUCAGAUCAAACCGAGAAGGGUCAUGCCUCUCGCCGCAGGUACUCCUUCGAUCUGUGUGGGUUCGAAUCUGCGGAAGCUGCAGCUCUUGAUGCAUCCAACAGGGGCAGCAGAACACGAUGUGAUCGGCAAGUUACCGCUAUCGACAACUUUCUGUCACAGCAGGAGAAGAAGCAAAAGCAUCACAGAAGGAAGAGGAAGUGCCUUCAGAGUCGGGAUCAUCUUCACUUUUUCUCUGAAUUGGAGGAGGUUGUGGUAAAGCUCCAACAGCUACGAGUGUCUCACAAACGAUACACCUGCUACCCCCAGCAUCCAUAUCCUUCCAUUUUCCGCCUGAACUUCCACCAUUACUACCCUGUUAGCUACGACUCCUACCCCUGUGACUCCAGCUCAUACCACCGCAGGAGUGCAGAUCUGAAGGCUAAGAGGAGACGUGGCCGGCCAGCCAAAGCCAGCGAGCCAAUCACAUCAAAAUUGCCUUUUGUUCAAGGAUAUGGUUAUCCGCUGGGAGGGGGAAAUUACUAUGCAGCACCGUAUGCGAUGCCUUAUGCACCUCCUCUGAGUCUAGGCUAUUUUCCCCACACUCCCCCGUUUUACUUGCCCCACCACUCAUUCGGACCUGCCCCUCCAUCUCCCUUCAUGAGGCCCGCUGUCCCACCACCUAAGGCUUUCCAUGCUGGUGGACUCUCAAAACUGCAGAGUGGGACCAAAAUUCGCGGCUCGAGUGGUUCGCUCCAGGGCCCCACUGUAAGAGGGGAGGGUCUGGGACCCCUGAGUACAGUUGGUCUCACUGGGGUCCGUCUCCAUAAAAGGAAGCACAAACAUAAGCAUAAGCACAAGGAUGAACCCCUCCUGUCACCACAAGACCGACAGGAGUUGGGUGGACUUUUCAGUGGAGCAAAGACCAAUGCUUGCCUUGGGUUGCUGAAUGAGAGGAGGGACUUGAGCAGCCAAGGCUCUUCGAAGCAUCAGGAGAAGCAAAGAAGCAACAACAGGGGUUCAAACCUGGCAUCCAGCGUGGGGAUUUUUGAUCCAGACCAGCAUUCUUUCGCUGACAGACAGUUUCUGUCCCAUCAGACAACGCCAUCAGUCAAGAGCUUCAUGAACAGCUACAGCAGCCAUUCGCAGCAGACAGAGACUAUUUCUGACCUGUUCUUGGGGUCACGAGAGAACGAGUGUGGUGGAAGGAGUAGGAGAAUGAAGCUCACAGGGUUUGGUGAUGAGAGCUUGAUGUCAUUCCAAACAACCACACAGGAGCCAGGGCAGACAAACAAGUGUUCCAGUCCACCCCUCACUGGUGUUUCCAGUAAGAGGAGGUAUAAACGGCGCGAGGUGGAACAGAUUCAGAAGGAUGUAAAGAAGAUGCAUUCUUUGAACUUCAAUCACGUGCAGAAGAUCCUCCGUGCAAAGCGCCUGCAGCGACAAGCCAAAACAGGAAAUAAUGUCAUCAAAAGGCGACCUGGACGGCCCCGAAAACAACCCUUAGAGGAACCAGAGCCAGCUAGCAUUAGGAAGGAAGACUGGGCUGAUGGUGGGGGUCUGGACAUUGUGGCAAGUAGCAGAGGUGAUGGGAGGACUCUGGGGAUGCCUGUCCUGGAGAGGUGUGAUAGCCUGCCAAGCAGGCAGAGCCUCAGGCCUAGCUUGACUCCCAAACCUCUGGAGUUCUCUAAUCACGACUCGAUCUCAGCAGCGAUUGAGACUGUGGUGCAUCAGGCACGCUCUGUUCCUCCACUGGCUAAAGCGGGGAAACGCCGGACUGGGGAGAACAGAAAGGACGAGUUGUGGUCUCCGAACAGUCAGUAGAGAUGCAGGACUCCAAAACUGGAAUGAAGAGCAGUUCAGAGUCGAUUAAAACCUAUCAGAUGCAGUGCCCUUCAUUUUGGGACUCUUCGGUGCACUUUGAUGCGUUUCGCUGCUCAGAUCUGUUGGAUGUUGGGUGGUGAAGCAGGAGGAGGGAAUCUUCUUCAACCAGACGUGGGCCUUUCAAAGAUUCUUUGGACCUUCAUUUACAAUGGCACUAUAUGGUACUAUUUGAUACUGAAUCUGAUGCUAUAAAAAGUGUGUGGUACUUCUGAUAGUGUAGGAUUUUAUGUGAUUCUUUAUGUAUCUGAUACAGUGUUGUGUAUGGUACUUUAUAAUACUGUAUCUGAAUGUGGCUUUAGCCAUAUAUUUACCAGCAAGGGGGGAGGGGAAUGGUUAAUAUAAAACUGUGCAGCUCUGCUUAUUUUUGCCUUUCUGAAGAUGCUUGUCAAACACACAUGGGAUAAUCCAUCAUAAUUAAGCCACCUUAACCCUACCUGUGUCCGCACCCAUAACUGCUUCCUUAGUCUUCUUGCCCUCUUUGAGAAGUAACUGAAACCUCCUGGCAGCUCUACCCUGCUUGAAAAUUUGUCAACCCCUCAGCUCAAGUUUUCUCCCGUCCUGGCCUCUAGUUGAUAUUCUACAUCUCCAUUCUUCCUCCAUUUACCCCUUUUGUCAUGUGGUCCCCCUUCCCUAAUCACUUUUUUCCCUGGUCUCAGGCCCAAAAGGCAAUAUGGUGGAUAAGACCGUCCCGGACUGUACAUAAAAAGUAAAAAAAUCCACUGUUGCCUGAUGAGAAACCAGCUCAUAGAUGUCUACUGGCAGACAGUAUUUCAAAUAGAAAUGUUGUACCAUAGACAAUGAAAGUGUGUAUUGUUUUAUAACCAAAAACAUACAUGGCUGUGACUCAAGACAAGUUUGUUUUAAGUGAGAAAAACUACAUAUAAUCAUUUAAACACUCAUCUCUGUGUUUAUAUCCACAGGCAUUGCAUACAGGAGGGAUGUCAGGAGUGUUUUCAAUAACCUUUGGAGUUAGUUUAAUGCACUAAAAAAAAUACAGUCAUUUGCAUCAAUCAAAUGCAGCACUUAGGUAGUUUUCUGACCUUCUUCUUUGUAGAAUUUGCGUUUUUUUUUUCUUGUUGCAUUUUCCAUUCAGAGAGCGUGCUUUUAUUUUUAUUAUCAAUUCAUUUAUGCAGGCUGUGCAGCCAAAAGUGUAAAACUAAAUCCUGAGUCUGAAUCAUAAUUGGACCGUUCAGCAAAAGUCGGCUCACUUUCAGUGUUUUUUCAAGCUUCCCAUCCUUCUCCUUUAAUAUUUUCAAACCGUACUUGUAGAAGUGUUUUUGGAAAGUCAAAGCAGUGUUCAGAGUUGGAAACCAAAGUUUUAGCAUUCACCAGAGGGAUGUAAGGAAACAACCAUUGGUGAAUACGAUCCCCACCAUGUCAGCAGUGUAAACCAUUCAUGUCCACUGUAGAAUGUAGCCGUACCGGGUUUUCGUGUAAAAGUCUUUGUUGAUGUUUAUCCAGUUUAUGCGAUUUUGAGUUGAGAUUUGAGUGAAAAGCUUUCACAGAGUAUAGGCAAAAGUAGGAAUUCAUAUCAUCUGCAUAUCAGUUUUGGCUAAUUUUGAAAUGUUUAGCUUGUUUACCUGCAGCAAAAGAAAAAAAAGAUUUUGGUGUCAAAAGAAAAAAAAACCUGAACGCAAAGCCGCUUUUCGUUAACACUGCCAUACUUAUUCAAAAGUCCAGUGUUGUACAUCCCUAAAGUGAAAAAGUAGUGUUUUUUGGCAGCUUUCUCCUUCAGGAAAUAUUGUUUUUGUUGGGUGGGGUGGAGUUCCCAGUUGCAGCAGUUCAGCUUGUGCCUUAUGUUUCUUUCUCUCAUCAAUUAGAUUUGACCUGAGAUUGAGAAAGUGGCAAAGAGUGCCCCCUAAAAAAUGCCCUGAUACUCAUGAUUGUGUAUAUGACGCAUGUGUCUUAGUCAUCAGAACCCUGGCGCUGCCUGUGUCCCAUCACAGCCUCCAUUCUCAGCAUCCUGUCACCGAGCGCUCAGCCUGUCUCCCGGCUUCCUCCCAGUUCUCUGACCCAUAUUCCUAUGACAGCUAGAUGGGUUGGACUUACGGUAUUAAACUCACAUCCUGCCCCGACCUAGAUACUGCUGAGCAGCAGUGAGAAUAGAAAGCCCACCAUGUUAGACAUGCUUCCACCCAGAGGUAUUUAUUGUACUCACUGUCCUAGGUUUAUAAAUGAACAACACAUUAUUGGUUAAAUACCUGGCACAAAGUAGGAACAGAUGCAGUUGUCAUGGAAACCACAUCCUCCUGUAUUGUUUGCUAUGCAUUGGGCUGUACUUGGCAACGACCUCAAAAUGAAUUUUUGUUCUGGGUCCAUUCGGUGACAAAUAAGUGGUCUUAUUUAAUAAACUAAAUUAACUAAUGUAAGAAAAACGAGGAAUCGUUCAAGGAAUAAUGAGUUGUGCAGAAAGUGACUAUCAUUUUAACAAAAUUAUAGUAACUGUGUCUCUAUGCAGUACAGCCUUAAACAGAUGACCUACAGUAUUGAUGUUGUAAAUAGUAUAAAGUACAUCCUGUGUGGGUACCGACUGGGCUCUGUUGUGCUCAAAAAUCCGUCGCCAGUUUCCUUCAAGACUGACCCAAAAUGGACAGAAAUGAUGAGCCAGUUGACUGACGAGACUUUGACGCUCGUCGUCAGUUCCAAAGAAUGUUAAAAUACGGUUCCUGGAGCCCCCUUGCAGUGUGCUUGACCAAAAAUAAAAUCUCCCAGCUGACUGUUAGAAUCUUUGCCUGCAGCUAGUAUGGUGCAGUGCUAGCUGAGAAGGGUGAGCAUGUUGGGGUAGUUCUCCAAGGAUUUAGCCAAAAAUACCCUCAACCUAACAUUAGUGUAUGUAACCUUGCUGUGUUAGAUGACUUUCAGUAGGUUUGCAGUCUGUUGUGGCAAAGAUGAGAUGUGGGCCAUCUCUGUACUGUGGUAAGGCAGCUGUCUUUGACGUUAAAGGCCCCAGGUAAUGUCUGUCCUUUCUAUCUCUCCCACCAGCCAAUGCUCCGGUGCCUUCUAACACUGACAAGUAUUGUCCUCAUCCAGAGCUUUCACUUUACAUAGAAACUGCAGAGGGGGGUGUAGUUGGGAGGGAGUUAUGGUCUCUAUCCUUGUAGUAUAUUUAUCAGCCAUCCUGGACCUGUGGGUACCACUAAACACCAAUGUAAGCAUCCCGUACCUUUGUUUUUGUUCUGGCACUAAGGGCAGUGCAGCAGUGUUUGAUCUUACAUUUGUGUCAGUGGUGUUUUUACCGUACAAUUAACCACCCAGACAACAAGAGACCCCAUCCUUCUGUUCACCCCCCACCUCGAAUCCCUAUGUAGCAUGAGUGUCCUACACAUGGGGUGAGGGGUCACAUGACGCAGAGACUCUUCAACGUACACGUGCUCAUCCUCACAGUGAAUGCCACCAUCCUAAGCUAUAAUGUGCAGAUAAAACAUUGGAAAAAAAACCUAAAUGUACUUCUGUAGAGCACAAAGUGAGCUCCUCUGACAGCGUGGACAUAUUUUAGUUUGUAUACAUAGUGUAUUUGAACUUUUUUCUAGAGUGGGUUUCCUUUAUUUGCAUGCCCGAUUUGAUUGUAUGCAUAAAUAUUUUAGAUGAGCCGAAAGUUGAAUAUCAACUGAAUUUGAAGCAAGACUUGUACAUUAUUUGAUAUGUUUCUUUUUGUAUUGAAUUUUUUAAUUCAUAAAGCAUUUUUGUACAUUGUAUGAAUAUUAAAAACAGCAAAUAUUUGCCAUAUAGAGUAAAUACUAGAUGCGCAUGCAUAUGCAUAUAUCCUUCACAGUAUGUAUGUGUAUACUUACACAUAUAUUUUGUAUUUGCAUUUGCCAGCAUACAGGUAUAUGUCUUAAGCACAUAUAUACAUGUAAUAUAUAUGUAUAUCCAUGUUUUCUGGCAUGCUUUUGGUCAUGUUUAUCUUUCAUGAUCUUGUAGGUUUUUUUUAUUACUCUUUCCUUAAAAAUGAAGGCUCAUUCUUUUGCUAUCCUUCCAUUGGCUGGCAGCUUUGAGCACUUGUUAAGAAGAAUUACAAUUGAAGUUGUUCAUGUUAUCCAUUGUGUGAAAUAAUAAAUGACUUUAUUGACAGCUAA